UAGACAAAUGGGAGGAAACCUUCCCUUAUUUAAUAAAAAGCAGAGUCGGGCAAACUCGUGCUUUUUGUAACGUGUGCCAUUCAGAUGUUAGCUUCGCACACGACGGAAUAAGCGAUGUUUAUCAAUAAUUUGUAAGUGAGGGUAUAUAUAACCUGUCUCAUGUCUUAGUAUUGUUUCUUAUUUUAUUUGUGUAUGUAACGUUGAUUUAUUGUCCAGGCUAAAUGUUAAAAAAAAAAAGUACACUAUAAGAAAAGUAAAUAGUUUUUUAGAGAAAUAGAAGUGGAACAUAUUGACCAAGGAGUAUGCAAUAUGAUAUUGAUUUCAACCAUAUCACUGUAGAUUCAUCGGGCAUUAAAUGUAGUUUGUAAGUGUUUAUUAAUCCUUGGUGCAGAUUGAUGGUAAAGUGCCUCCUCGGGUGAGAACACCUUUCCUCCUGCACCUACAGUAACCCCAGUUUGACUUUAUCAGCCUGCACCUGCAGUACACACUGGUGCUGUCACAAACCAUUUCCAUCUCCCGGUACACUCACCUCUGACGGGAUUAACGACAAAAGUAGAGGACCGAGCACGUUGCAAUUGAUCCGCCCGGUGGGGGGGAGGGUGUAAAGCCGGGGUACUCUGCGGGCACAGGGAGGGAGGAUGUGACGUCCUGCUCGGAGAGGACUUUGUACCAUAUCCCGUAAAUACUGCUCGUUAACGCUGAUGUCUGGUGGGGAUUAUUACAAGCAGCGCGAUGGCUGACUGUGAGUGAAUGUAGCCGACACAGGUGAACAGAAAGCGGGGUAGAGACAGUCACAAUACAGGCCUCAUAAUAACAUCAUCCAGCCAGCUCCACGAACAUGGAUCUAACUUUUGUAUUAUCGGCUGUUAUCUUCACGCUUCUCGCUAUUGUGGUCGCGACGUCGCUAUUAAGCGGCUCUUCGCCUACAGUCGACUUUGCAAGUUAUUUUGGACACAGUGCAGCCGCAGGAUUAGAGCAACCCGGGCCGCAGCAGAAUGGCCAUUUGUCGGACAAGAAGAAGAAGAAGGCGACGGACGACUGGUGUGAGAUCAGCGGGAGCUCGCAUGAUCACUGGGAUGUAGUGAAGUCGGUGCUUUCAGAAGAGGCGCAUCCCAACCCUCGCACCAAAGAACUGGCAAUUAAGCACUCCUCCACAUCUAGCCUGUCUAUCCCCAGUUCUGGAUGUAGGAAUAUGAAUUUAGAGGUAGAGUCGUCGUCCGAGGCCUCGUUGGGAACGAGUCGUAGGUCAUUCAUUGGGCUCUCUGAUAAGGAACUCCUAAAGUGUGCUUUCUCAUACCCCCAGACUGAAGGAGCCACAGAGAGCCCGGGGAUAGACGAUAAAGAGCCAUCAAAUGCAAACGAUUCCUUGAAGUACGUCCCUGGAAAGGCGCGAACCCACCACUUGCAGAUGAUGAUGUCCACAGAGGAACUGGAGGAGGAGCAGAGGGUGCAACAUGAGCAGCUGGCAGCCAUCUUCCAGCUGUUGAAAGACAACCAGGAGACGUUUGGGGAGGUGUCAGAUGGAGACAUGGAGGAGCAGCUCAGACUCUACUCCAUCUGAGAAUCCUCUUCAAGUUCUGGGAUCGACCCUCUGAUGGCGCUCCUUUAACUUGUGAGCGCUACUAAUGGACUAUUCCAAUGCACAAAAUACUUCAAUAAACUUGUUCACAAUAUGUAACACACACUGUACCCUCCUCUGAACAACCACUCUCUUUCAACAAGAUGUUCUUUGUUUUUUUGAACUGCUGUCUCGUCAACCUGUCCUCAACUCGCCACAUGAUGAUUUAAACUGAUAAGAUGGAUCUCUUCCAACGGCACAGAAUAGGCCUUUCUAGCUAUGCAUAUAAUAUAAAUCAAUGAAGGACUAUUGUUUCUAUUAGUUUUAUAUUAUAAUAAACAUAUGUUAAUUUAUCACUUAACUUCUUUUUUAAGUCAAUUGUAUUUAUAAGUUCCCCUUUGUUGUGUAAUAAACCAGAUUAUGUACAAUUGUGAA